AUGAAGAGCAGCGCUUUCAUCCUGGUCCUCACAGUGGCCCUGGUGCCGUUCAUCACCCCUGUGGAGAGGAAGUGCCAGCUCAGCGGGCUGUGGAGGAACGAGCAGGGCUCACUGAUGGAGAUUUCAGCACUGAGGGACAACGGGGACUUCCAGGGCAAAUACCUCACACGGGUCACACUUGCUGGUGGCUGUGCCCACAUCUCCCCAUUGAAGGGAGCCCAGCAGCAGCCUGGUGAGGGAGGAUGGCCCACCUUUGCCUUCACCGUGCGCUGGGACACGUUCUCCAAUGCCACCACUGCCUUUGCGGGGCAGUGCUUUGUGGACUCGGGUGGAAAGGAGACACUGAGCACCAUGUGGCUGCUGCGUGAAGCCGUCGGGUCCCUCGAGGAGGACUGGAAAGCCACCAGGGUGGGCAGAAACGUCUUCACACGCAAACGCACCCAGAGGGGAAAGAACCUGCCCAGCUCAUUCCCAUCCUGUGAGGACACGUCUUCACCCACCCCAUGA